AUGCAGUCUCAUAAUGCAAUUCCAAAAAUCAUCGUCUCUGGUCCUGAUACCAAAUCUGAAAAGAUGCAAUCUUCUCUUGCGAACGAAGUACGGUCACAUCGUCAAGAUUCUGCUUCCGAUUGUACGCCCCUAAUAAUGGCACAUUGUGGUCUUCACCCAGCAGACCAAAAAUGUCGCCCACCUCUAUUAUCCAUCCCACAGCAAGAUCCCAUAAGUGCUGAAGCCGCGCUGCUUCAAGCCUCGAGACCUACAACCCCCCUACCCAUCAAUAAACCCCCAUCCACAAUACCGACAUCACAUUAUCUCUCCCCUCCCACUCCCCCCCGUAACCAAGACAACAAAAUCCUCACCCUCAUCCACCGUAUCUUCGAAGUAAAUAACCGCGAUACCAAUUUCCUAACUCUCUGGAAACCGCAUCUCGAUAAUCUAACUUCGACUACCUGUGUGAGAAAUAGGGUUGCGUUGGAAAUGGUCGCUGGCUUGCAAAAUUUGAGGAAUCGAGAAGUCAAGUAUGGCAUUUAUAAAUUGGCUUUGGGCAUGUUCUGGGGACAUCUUUCUUCGUAUGUGUUUGGAGUUCCUACUGGAGUUGGUUUGGCUGUUUUGGCGGUUUAUGGGGUUGUUGCUUGGAAAGUUUGGAUCGAGAUUUGGGAUGAAGAGAGUUUUCUUAAUUUGUAUGUUUAG